ACAGGUCGCAGCAGGCUGCAACAGCUAUGGCGUUUCAUGUGAUUCUCCUACAAUUUUGGCUACCAUGUUUCACACACUCCAGAAUAAUUUUCCAUCAUUCAUAUUUAAGUUGCAGCAGCAGCUUAUAACAAUAACCCCUGAAAACUCUUUGAUCAUGAAUUACAUAUUCUCAGUUUCAAGCAACGUUCAAACACUCCAUUAACUCAACUGUAAUGUUUCUCUUUCGGUCUUUCUCUUCAUCUUCUUUUCUUUUGACUUCAUAUAGCAGACUUUCCAAAUCAGUUUCUCUUCAAACUCUGUUCAAAAGAGGCUUCAGUCCCACUCUCCAAUCCAUCAAUAAAUUCCUUAUCUUUCUCUCUCGAACCCAAAGAUUCAAUUCAAUCAUUCACUUUAUUUCCCAAAUGAACUCAAACCAAAUCAAGGGUAAUUCCCAAACUCACUCAAUCUUCACCUGGGCUCUCCUCAAAUUACACAAAUUUGAAGAAGCUGAGGAUUUUAUGAAUUCCCAGAUGGGAAAGACUUCAUUUUCCCCAAACAGUCGCUUGUUUGAUUUAUUAAUUCAAGGGUUUUGUGUCAAAAGGAACGACCCAGUAAGAGCAUUAUUGGUGUUAAAGAGUUGUUUGAGGAAUUAUGGUACAUUUCCUUCUUCUUUUACUUUUUGUUCGUUGAUAUAUAGCUUUAGCUAUUUAGGUUAUAUGAAUAGAGCGGUCGAGGUGUUGGAGUUGAUGACUGAUCAGAAUGUUAAAUACCCUUUUGAUAAUUUUGUUUGUAGUUCUGUAAUAUCAGGGUUUUGUAAGAUUGGAAAACCUGAGCUUGCUAUAGGGUUUUUCGAGAAUGCUACAGGUUUAGGAGCUUUAAGGCCGAAUGUUGUGAGUUUUACUGCACUUUUAAGUGCCCUUUGCAUGUUGGGUAGAGUUAAUGAGGUUAAUGAUUUGGUUAUUAGGAUGGAAAAUGAAGGUUUGAUAUUUGAUGUUAUUUUUUACAGUAGUUGGAUUUACGGGUGCUUGAGGGAUGGGAGUUUGUUAGAGGCGCUCCGUAAACAUAGGCAAAUGAUAGAACGAGGAAUAAAAAUGGAUGUUAUUAGCUAUACCAUACUUAUAGAUGGGUUUUCAAAAGAAGGGCAAGUGGAAAAGGCAGUUGGGAUUUUAAACAAGAUGAUAAAAGAUGGGUUGAGACCUAAUUUAAUUACUUAUACUGCAAUCAUCUUGGGGUUCUGUAAGAAAGGGAAAUUAGAAGAAGCAUUCAAUGUGUUUAAGAAAGUUGAAGAUAUAGGAAUUGUGGCAGAUGAAUUUAUUUAUGCAACUUUGAUCGAUGGGGUUUGUAGGAGAGGUGAUUUAGAUUAUGUUUUUCAUCUGCUGGAAGAGAUGGAGAGGAAGGGGAUUAAGCCAACUAUUGUUACUUACAAUACUAUUAUCAAUGGAUUGUGUAAAGUUGGGAGGACAUCUGAGGCAGAUGAGGUCUCAAAAGGGAUUCUUGGAGAUGUUGUCACGUAUAGUACACUGCUACAUGGGUACAUUGAAGAAGGCAACAUGAAAGGGACUAUAGAAACAAAACGGAGAUUGGAAGAAUUGGGGAUUCAGAUGGAUGUUGUCAUGUGUAACAUUCUUAUUAAAGCACUGUUUAUGGUGGGUGCACUGGAGGAUGCUCAUGCACUUUACCAGGCCAUGUCAGAAAUGGAUUUGGUUGCAAAUUCUGUUACCUAUUGUACAAUGAUUGAUGGCUAUUGUAAAUUGGGGAGAAUUGAGGAGGCACUUGAGAUAUUUGAUGAAUUUAGAGGGACAUCAAAUUCUUCAGUUGCAUGCUACAAUUGUAUUAUUAACGGGCUAUGCAAGAAGGGAAUGGUGGAUUUGGCCACUGAAGUGUUAAUUGAACUUGAUGAGAAAGGAUUGGGUUGUGAUGUAGGUAUCGUCAAGACAUUGGUUGAGGCAGCUGUUACUAAAGAAGGCGUGGAUAGAGUUCUUAACUUAGUUUACAAGAUUGAGAAUUUGGGUUCACAAUUAUAUGACAUAAUGUGUAGUACCAUAAUAUCUUUCUUAUGCAAGAAAGGUUAUUCGGAGGUUGCAAGUAAAGUGUGCAUGAUAAUGAGGAGGCAAGGUUCAGUUGUAACAAGCAAAUCUUACUGUUCUAUAUUGAAGGGCCUUACUGUUGAUGGAAAAAGAUCGCUGAUUGGGCCUAUGUUGAAUAUAUUUCUAAAAGAAUAUGGCCAUGUUGAACCUUCAGUGAUCAAGAUGCUAAUACAUUACUUGUGUCUGAAUGAUGUGAAAAGUGCUCUUUGGUUUAUCAAAAAGAUGAAAGGUAAUGCCUCAACUGUCACUUUUUCUGUUUCUGUUCUCAAGGAACUUAUCAAGGAUGGCAGAGUCUUGGAUGCAUAUAAACUUGUCAUGGGAGCUGAAGAUAAUCUACCCUAUAUGGAUGUAUUUGAUUACUCGCUCAUGGUUGGUAGCCUCUGCAAGGAAGGGUAUCUCAGUAAGGCCUUAGAUUUCUGUGCCUUUAUGAGAAAUAGGGGGAUUGCUCCUAAUAUUGUAACUUAUAAUUCACUUAUGAACACCUUGUGCCGCCAAGGAUGUCUUGUUGAAGCAUUUCGGCUAUUUGAUUCAUUAGAAAAGAUUCAUUUGGCUCCCUCUGAAGUCACAUAUGCCACACUGAUUGACAAUUUAUGUAAAGAAGGAUUUUUGUUAGAUGCCAAGCAAUUGUUGGAGAGGAUGGUGCUCAAGGGCUUUAAUCCAAGUACACGCAUUUAUAACUUCCUCAUUGAUGGUUAUUGCAAGCUUGGUCGAAUGGAGGAAGCCUCGAAAUUUUUGCAUGAUUUGGAAACUACAUGUCUUAAGCCUGACGAAUUCACUGUUAGUGCAGUAAUUAAUGGCUUUUGCCUGAAGGGUGACAUGGAAGGGGCUCUUGGACAAUUUUUUAAGUUCAAGAGGCAAGGUAUAUUACCUGAUUUCUUGGGUUUUUUGUAUUUGAUAAGGGGACUAUGCACCAAGGGAAGAAUGGAAGAGUCCAGGAGCAUCCUGAGAGAAAUGCUUCAGUCAAAAUCUGUUCUGGAGCUAAUAAAUGGAGUUGAUUCUGAGGUUGAAUCGGAGUCUGUAGUAAGCUUUCUGUUCUCUUUAUGUGAGCAAGGGAGUAUAAGAGAAGCUAUAUCUAUCCUUGAUGAAAUUGGAUCUAUACUUUUUCCUGUUCGAAGUUUUAGUACUGAUUAUGGAUCACGAACAUCAAACAAGCUUUACAAAUGUGAAGCUUUCACAUCAUCCAGUAAGCAGAAUGAUUCAGAGAUGGUAGAAAACUCCUAUAAUGUGGGGAAAAUAUCUCAAUCACUUGAUUUUGACUUUUGCUACUCCCAAAUAGCUUCGCUCUGUUCAAAAGGGGAGCUGCAGAAGGCAAAUGGUGUACUGAAAGAAAUGCUCUCGAGAUCGAAUACAGAUUCUUAGUCAAUGUGAAGCGCUAAUGCCUACUGCUACAAAAUAUCGAGCUUCUUCCGCUUCAGCAUCUGAAAAGAAGCCUUGGAAUGACAUCCUGCUGGGAUUCUACACGAGGACUGCUUGGAAAGUUAUCUAUCCUAGUAUGCUCCCAAACAAGCGCUUAACUGCGGAGUUCUAAUGGGAAUAACUGCUUUAGUACUGGCUUUGGCAUCAAUGAUUCCUUUGGUGAAGGAUAUAUUGGCAAGACUGUCACAAUUCUUUCAGCAGGACUUCAGGUUGUUUCCUUGAUGACCAUUGUUAUUAACUAGUUGAGUCAACUAGUGGAGAUUUGCCACAUGCAUACUGUCACAUUUGUCAUCGUUUUUAUUGGCGCUUAAUUCAAAAGGCUCAUAAUGGGACGGAUCAAUUUUGUAUUACAUAAGUGAGUCUCUACUCUCACCCUUUAUAUAUAAAUGGUUGGCCCAUUAAACCAUUUGUAAUGUUGGAACCAAAGGGUAGAGAGUAGUUAUCUCUCUCUCACAACUAACACUCCACCACCAUUUUCGAUCUUUACUCCAACGACAGUAGCAAGAAUCAAAAGGUUCCAAUUAAUUUGCUCAUAUGGAUCCAAGUAUGGCUUUUUGUUUUGUUGAUUUGUUUGUUGUAUAACACGAUUUGCUUGUGUUUAAUAAUUCUAGCAAAUGGUAUCGAGCUUAAAAUUGCAAUUUCAUGUUAUAUACUUUGUGUCGUAAUGUUGUUGAGUAGAGAUAAAAGAUUACAUGGGUAAUAUUUUAUUAUGUUAUGAAUGUUUGAU